UCCGUUUUUGCUUGGUUCUUGUGCUUCGCAAGCUCUGGAUGCUCUGGAGUUUGAAUUCUUCUAGUAGUGGAACCCUGAGGAAAACUGAUCAGGUCUUUCAUUUUUAAAACAUGACCUGUUUUCAGGAAUUAGUAACAUUCGGGGAUGUGGCCAUAGACUUCUCUCAGCAGGAGUGGGAAUACCUGGACCCUCUUCAGAGGGACUUGUACAGGGAUGUGAUGUUGGAGAACUAUAGGAACCUGGUCUUUCUAGGGCAUUCUACUUCUAAGCCAGAUGUGGUUGACUUAUUGGAGCAAGGAAAAGAGCCCUGGAUGUUUCUAAAGGAAGAAACACAAAGACAAUACACAGAUUGGGGUUUACAAUGUGAGAUAAUCAGCUAUCUAGAAAUGCCCACUUAUGAGAAAGAUGUAUCUUCUACACAACAUCAGAGCAUAUAUAGCAGAGAGAAACUCUAUGAAUGUAAGAAAUGCCGGAAAAAAUUUAGGAGUAGCUGCCAAUUAAUUCUACAUCAUAGGUUUCAUGUUGAGAGACCCUAUGAAUGCAAAGAGUGUGGGAAGAACUUCCGCAGCAGCUAUCAACUUAUUCUCCAUCAAAGAUUUCAUACUGGUGAGAAACCUUAUGAAUGUGUAUACUGUGAGAAAAACUUUAAAAGUGGUUAUCAACUUACUGUACAUCAGAGAUUUCAUACUGGUGAGAAAACAUACGAAUGUAGGGAAUGUGGGAAGGCUUUUAUUUAUUCCUCACACAUUGCCCAACACGAGAGAAUUCACACCGGUGGAAAGCCUUAUGAGUGUCAGCAAUGCGGGAAGGCCUUUAGUCAAGGUGGACACCUAAAAAUUCAUCAGAGAAUUCAUACUGGUGAAAAACCCUAUAAAUGUAAGGAAUGUGGGAAGGCUUUUAGUAGGUGCUCAAAUCUUGUUGAACAUAGACAAAUUCAUACUAACAAGAAACCAUAUGUGUGUGAGAAAUGUGGAAAGGCUUUUAGAAGAAGUCAUCAGCUUAUUGUACAUCAGAGUGUUCAUACUGGCAAAAAGCCGUAUGAGUGUAAAGAAUGUGGGAAGGGCUAUACCACUGCCUCAUACCUUGUUCUACAUCAGAGAAUUCAUAAAGGUGGGAAACUAUAUGAAUGCAAGGAGUGUAAAAAGACUUUUACCUUGUAUAGGAAUCUUACUCGACAUCAGAAUAUUCACACUGGUGAGAAACUGUUUGAAUGUGGGCAAUGUGGAAAGGCCUAUACUACUGGCUCAAAACUUUUUCAACAUCAGAAAACUCAUACUGGUGAGAAACCUUAUGAAUGUAAGGAGUGUGGGAAGGCCUUUAGCUUGUAUGGAUACCUUAAUCAACAUCAGAAAAUUCAUGUUGGUAUGAAACGCUUUGAAUGUAAGGAGUGUAAGAAAACCUUUACCUUAUAUAGAAAUCUUACCCGGCAUCAGAAUAUUCAUUCUGGGAAGAAACUUUUUGUUUGUCAGGAGUGUGGGAGGGUCUACAGUACUCGCUCAAACCUUGUGCAACAUCAGAAAACCCACACUGGUGAGAAGCCCUAUGAGUGUAAGGAAUGUGGAAAGACCUUCAGCUUGCAUGGAUAUCUUAAUCAACAUCAGAAAAUCCAUACUGGUGUGAAACCCUAUGAGUGUAAGAUAUGCAGGAAAACCUUUACUUUCUGUAGAAAUCUUACUCUACAUCAGAGUAUUCAUACUGACGAGAAGCCUUUUGAAUGUAAAGAAUGUGGAAAGACCUUUAGACGUAGUUCACACCUUACUGCACAUCAGAGUAUUCAUGCUGAUAAAAAGCCCUAUGAAUGUAAAGAAUGUGGAAAAGCUUUUAAAAUGUGUGGGUACCUUACACAACAUCAGAAAAUUCACACUGGUAGAAAACCUUAUGAAUGUAAGAAGUGUGGUAAGGCCUUUAGUCGUUCUUCAAACCUUGUUCAACAUGAGAGAAUUCAUACCGGUGAGAAACCCUAUGUGUGCCAACAGUGUGGGAAUACCUUUAGAUAUGGUUCAGCCCUUAAAUCACAUCAAGGAAUUCAUACAGGUGUGAAAGUCAAAGAAUAGGCAUGGACAAAUCACUUUGGUAAGAAAUGAUUAAAUAUUAGUUUUAUAGGUAUGUAUUUAGCAAAUGAGACUUCAUAAUACAGUUCUUGACACAUUAGAAAGCUUUCAGUAUCAGUUCUGUUUUAAUGAAAUAUCUGAUUCUUGGCAAAUUUAAAACAAAAUAGAAUUCCCAAUUUCUUCAUGUCUAUAUGCCUUCAACGUCCAUGGCAUGGAAUUUUAUACUAAAGGGAGCCUUCUCUACUGGACAUUAAUGGUUGUUACAAAUUACCCCAAAUUUUAAUGUCUUAACACAAUAAUAAAUAUUUCUCACAGGUUUUAUGGGCCAGAAAUUCAGGAGCAUUGAGGUUUUCAUGAGAUGAAUCAUCUGAAGGCUUGACUGUGGGUCAGGCUCCUGUUCCCCAGGAGUCACACUGGUUACUUUCUUACAUUCUAUAUGGUUUGGAUAUGGUUUGAAGUAAGUGUCCCCCAAAGGCUUAUGUGUUAGAAGCUUGGUCUCCAGUUUGCUAGUGCUACCUUAAAGAGGUAGGGCCCAGUGGGGGGUCCUUAUGUCAGUUGAAGGUGUCCUCUCAGAAGUGGCUGUGAAACUCCAGGGACUAUAUAACCUUAGCUGCUCCUGGGCUUCUUGCUUGGCAGUGUGAUGUGAUCUCUUCUUCUUCCUACGUGUACCACCAUUCUAAGGAUUUGGCCAUGAGAGCCUCACAAGAGCUAAGCCAAUGCCAGUGCAAUGCCUUGAACCACCAAAACUAUGAGGUAAAUAAACCUCUUUUCUUUAUAAAGCUAACUUGCCUCAGGUAUUUCAUUAUAGUAAUGAAAAACUGACUAAUCUAUUUGAACAGUGAGAGUGCUAGGAAAAAGCCAUCCUCAUCUUUGAGGAAAUUCUGGACUGAGAAUGAUGCUGUAAAAUGAAUAAGAAUUGGGGAGCUUCUUGAGCAAAUUAUGCAAAUGUAAAUUAUUGUAUACAGAGUGCCAAGUCCUGGUCCAUCAUUGUCGGAUGGCAUUCUUUUUAAAUUCCUUAAUUUUAAAUGGACAUAAUACCUUUAUUUUUAUGCAGUGCUGAGGAUGGAACCCAGUGCCUCACAUGCUAGGCAAGUGCUCUACCACUGAGUCACAACUGCAGCCCCCGGUCCACUUCUGUUUAGUUGUUCUUUAGCUUAUCUCAAUUAUUUUUUAAAAAUAUUUUUUAGUUGUAGUUGGACAUAAUACCUUUAUUUUAUUUAUUUAUUUUUAUGUGGUGGUGAGGAUUAAACCCAGAGCCUCGCAUGUGCUAGGCAAGCGCUCUACCUGUGAACCACAACCUCAGCCCCUAGCUUAUCUCAAUUCUUAUACUUUCUUUUAAGCAACAAGAACCUAGGUGGCAUCUUCAGCAUGUCUCUUGGAAGCUUACUUGGCUAAAUUACCCAAGUUCAUGAGGUAUUAUUUUCUACUGUUCAUGUUAUCACAUGCAACGAGUUUGCUAGGUUUUCUGCUACUAGUGCAUAACAUGGUGUGCCACCAUGCCUGGCUUGCAGACUUAUUUUUAAAUCAUUACACCUUCCAAUACUCAAUCAUUUAUAAACUCUUAAAAAUGAGUUGUUGUCUCUAGUAACAGUGUUCGGUUUUCCAUAAGUCCUCACUUAUUGCCUCCUCAGAACUCUCCAGGUUCCUAGUAAAAGUUAUCUUUAUCUUCAAGACACUUUUGGCUUUCAAUAGUAUCCCUGACAAGGUACCAAAAUCGGAUAAUAUCAUGCUAACAUUCCAAAGCUCCCUAAAAAUUAGUAGCCAAACUGCCAAUAAGUAUGUAUUUUUCUCACAGUUUCUGUGAGUCAGGAAUUUGGGAGCAACUAAGUUGGGCAGUUUAGAUCCUGUGUCUCCAGAGGUUGCAGUUAUCUAAACACUUGACAGAGGCUGGAGAAUGUGCUUUCAAAGACAGCUUAGUUAUGUGACUGAUAAGUUUUCAGGGGCAAUUUGUUUCCUCUCUAAUGGGGCCUCUCCUUAUGCUUCCUUCUUCCUUUUUUUGGUACUGAGGAUUGAUCCCAGGAGUACUCUACCACUGAGUGACAUCCCCAGCCCCCCCCCUUUUUUUUUUUUUUGAGACAGGGUCUCACUAAAUUGCUUAGGGCCUUGCUAAAUUGCUGAGGCUGGCUUUGAACUUGUGAUCCUCCUGCCUCAGUCUCUGAGCUGCUGGAAUUACAGACAUGUCCCACCACACCUAGCUCUCCUUAUGGUUCUUAAGUGUACCUGUGACAUGACAGUUGGCUAUGCUCAGAAAUGAUCUUUUUAAUAUUCUUGGUUUGGAAGUCACCUCCGCCGUAUUCUGUUUGUAAGCAGCAUGACAAUAAAUCUAGCCUAUACUCAAGAGGAAUUCAGUUCUACAUUUUUUAAAUGGUAUAUAUUAAUUAUACAGAAUGGUGAGUUCCAUUGUGAUAUAUUGGUACAUAUACAUAACAUAAUUUGAUCAGUUUCAUUCUUCAGAACCACUCCUUUACCUCCGCUCCUCCCUUUCCUCUCCCCUUAUCCCUUUUUACCCACUGGUCUCUUUUCUUCAGUUUCACCUUUAAAAGAGAAGAAGGUCAAAAUAUUCACAGACAUUUUUUGUGUUUGGGGAGUUUAUGAUACUGGGGAAUGAACACAAGGGUGCUCUGCCACUGAGCUACAUUCCCAGCCCCUUUAAAUUUUUAUUUUGAGACAGAGUCUUGCUAAGUAGCUUAGGGCCUCACUAAAUUGCUGAGGCUGGCCUCCAACUUGUGAUCCUCCUGCCUCAGCCUCUCAAGUCACUGGGAUUACAUGGGUGUGCCACCAUGCCUGGCUUGCAGACAUAUUUUUAAAUCAUUACACCUUCCAGUACUCAUUUAUAAACUCUUAAAACUUAUGAAUGAAUUUGUUAAUGUCACAUAGGCAGUAAUAUCAUAUAAUGCAUGCCUUAUCAGUGCUAUUCUCCCACCUUACCUCCAUUUGUCAUUGUCAAAAUAAUUAUCAUCUACAGACAUCAUUUAUAAAAUGCUACUCAAGAACCUACAUGAUAGCCCUAUUAUGGGAUGAAAGUGGUACACAUACCUUGGAAGAUUAUGUGGGCAUAUGGACUUAUACUCAGUAAAUAUGAGUUAUUAUCAGAUUGUAUUGCUGAUUAGUUAUUAUGUAAAGAGUCUAGUUGUGUAAUUAGAACACAUUCUCAAAGACUCUCAUCCAUUAAAUUUUACAAAAUUUUGGAAAUAAAAGUAUAUGAUUUAGAGUGUAUAAUGAUUUGAUUAAUAGCCAACAAUUUAUAUUCUGUGUUCACCAUUUAAGAUAUAGUAAUGGGAUAGCAAGGAGUAAAUUGUCUUCUUGGAGACCUUUCCUAAAUUUGUAAUUGUAUUUUUAUUUGAUAUAUAGAAAAUUUGAAAGAAAUAUUCAGCAACUCAUGUUUACAUUCAUGUUAUUUGCUGUAUCUGUUUCUUUUAACUUUUUAUAUCUGAUUAUUGAUGAAUUGUUUCUGUAGCAUUUGAGAAUAAGUUGAAGAUAUUAUGACAUUUCACCCUUAAAUACAUGCACUUUUCCUGAUAGUCACAAUAGAAAAACAUUCUUGAAAGCUAUUCAUCCAGUGAUGUUUUUAUAGCUAUUUAUUUUCUAAUCAGAAUCCACUCUAGGUUAACUUACUGUAUUUUAAAAAAUUAUUCUCUCUUUUCUAAGGUAUUACACUCCACUUUUUAUGCUUAUGAUUUUUUUUUUAAUCUCAAAGUAUAUCACUCAUUCAUGAUAUGUUACCUGUUGUUCGGUCCCUCAUUUUCCCUAUAAUUAGAACUUAGGUCUAGAGAAUUAAUUAGGUUGAGAUUAGGUUUAGGUUUUUAGACAGACUAUGAAUGAUGGUGCAUAUUGCUGAAAGCACAUGGAAGGUUUUUACAUGAUUAUUAAUUCUGCAUUGUAAAAUAUUAUUUAAGUGGCAACUCUCAAUUUUUCAUUGAAUACAAUCCCUUUAGUGCAUUAGAAAUCAGGAAUAAAUGAAAAUUUAUUCAUUUAUUUUUAUUUUAUUCAUCUCUGUAUCUAUGACAUAUCUAAAAUGACUGUUAGAUACUACACAAUAAACGCUGUGGAAAGAAAUAGUUAAUUUAUGCAAUUAGCAGAAAGAAAAACUAUAAUAAUUAAGAAAAUAUUAAUAAAACUAAAUAUAAAGACUAAUGAUUAUGAAAUAAAACUAUAGUUUUGGGGUGGGGGGGUGUAGCUCAGGGCAAAAUCCUGGGUUCAAUUAUGAGUACUGCAUACACAUACACAAACAUACACACAAAACUAUAGCUUUUUAUUCAAAUCCCACUACCUCCUCUUCCUGUGGAAUAUGAACUAAAUAAGUAGAUAUAAUCAGGAAAAGGCUUGAAGAAAUGAAGGAAAUUUUUAAGUUAAAAGUUAACAAAAAUAUUUAGAAAUAUUUAAUAUAUAUUUUUUAAUAUUUGUUAGUUGUGUAGUUGGACCACAAUGUCUUUAUUUAUUUAUUUUUAUAUGGUGUUGGGGAUCGAACCCAGGGCCUUGCCUGUGCUAGGUGAGCACUCUACCGCUGAGUCACAACCCCAGCCCCCUUUAAUAUAUUUUUGAGGAAUUAUAUUUGUAAAAUAAUGUAGUUUAACAAACAUAACCAUGGAUAUUGUAGGAAAUAUGAAUUUUAAAAAGACAAUUGAGCUAGGCACAGAGGCACACACCUGUAAUCCUAGCUGCUAGGGAGCCUGAGACAGGAGGAUUGUGAAUUCAAAGCCAGCCUCAGCAAUGGUGAGGCACUAAGCAACUCUGUGAGACCCUGUCUCAAAAUAAAACACAAAAUAGGGCUGGGGAAGAGGCUCAGUGGUUGAGUACGCUGAGUUCAAUUUCUGGCAAUCUCCCUCCCCCCCAAAAAAAAGACAAUUGAAAAUAAGAUCUUUGUUAUGGAAAUGCAUAAAUGCAUAGUCUGAUCAUUCCUCAGCUAAAACAUCAGGAAGGAUAUAAUUUCUUUUCUUUUUUUUUUUAGAGAGAGAGAGAGAGAGAAUUGUAUUUAUUUUUUAGUUUUCGGCGGACACAACAUCUUUGUUUUUUUUUUUUUUGUAUGUGGUGCUGAGGAUCAAACCCGGGCCGCACUCAUGCCAGGCGAGCGCGCUACCGCUUGAGCCACAUCCCCAGCCCAUCAACCACAUUUUUUAAUAUUAGGAACUUGGUCUUGAUAUUAUGGCUUAAAACGCCAAAUGUUUUUCCUUUAUGUAUUCUUAUAAACGUUACUGAGAAAUAUUAAGAUACAUUUUUAGAUUGUUGCUUCCUCCUAGGAUACAAUAUCAGGGCCAGGAUAAUACUAUCCUAUCUUAAACAAUUCAAUAAAUGACACUUUUCAGACACUAGAAAGCAAGCAGUUUAAAACCCUCAUCCCCAUUGCAGAAAUCAAGAUGAGCACUAUUAUUUCUCCCAACAUAAUACAUGGAGAGUUUCCAGUCCAUAUUCCAGGGGUAGUUAAUGUAAGCAGAAGCCAGUCCUCUUCCAGAAUUGAGACACAAUCACUGGAGUUUGGGGAUGCCAAAGUAUGCAGAAGAGAGCACAGACAGGAAAGACCUCCUGUAGAGCUGUCAGGGAAUUACCUAGAAUCUUUAGCUAAGAACUGAGCAGUUCAUAUGUAUGUAGAAAACACCCAAAGCUAUGGAAAGAAACACUUGUAGUGAGUAUAGGGAAUAAUCCUCGUAGCUCCUAUAGAUCCAGUAAUAGUUGGUGUUAUCAGAAUAGGAAAAACCUCAUAAUUCAUAAGACAUGGGUUACUCAGAAGGAUAUUGCCUUAUUAGGAAAAAUUCACAUAGAACUAAGGGCUGUUCUGAUCUUGCCUAUCAAAGCUUACAGUGAUCCUUAAGGGACUGGGGUGCAGCUCAGAAGUAGAGCAUCUGCUUGGCAUGCAUAAGGCCCUGGGUUCAAUCCCCACCAACACCCCAAAACAAAUGCCCUUUGAAAGAAUCAAACUGUUCCCAAAUAACUGAAUUAAAUAUUUCAGAACAAAGCUCAAAAAUAUUUAAAAAUAUAUUAGAAUAAUAUAUUUAGCAUCCAACCAAAGACAAGAAGACACCGGGCAUCAUCCUCUAAUCCCAGCAGCUUGGGAGGCAGGAGGGUCCCGAGUUCAAAUCCAGCCUUAACAAGGCCCUAAGCAACUUAGUGAGACACUGUCUCAUAAAAAGGGGUAGGAAAGUGGCUCAAUGGUUAAGCACUCCUGGGUUCAAUCCCUGGUAGCAAAAUAAGUGAGAAGACAUGCAAAGAACCAGGAAAAUAUUGAUACAUAAUGAGGAAAAAAUUGACUCUCAUAAUUAAUAGGGUAUAAAAAAUUAUAAUAUUUUAUAUGAUGAUGAAGGGUUGAUGAAAGGCUGGGGUUGUAGCUCAGUGGUAGAGUGCUUGCUUUGCGCUCGUGAGGCACUGGGUUCGAUCCUCAGCAUCACAUAAAAAUAUUAUCUACAACUAAAAAAUGUUUUUUUUAAAAAAGAAAGAAAAUACACCAAAAUAUAAGCACAAGAAUAGCAACUCUUGGGAAAGGGAAGAUCAAAAUCCAGAGUUACUAUAGUAGUAUAUCUAAAAUAUCCAGCUUUUUAAAAGAAUUUAAUCUUUAUUUUUUAUUUAUAUAUUUAUUUUUUAAUGUGGUACUAAGGCUCAAAUCCAGUGCCUCACCUGUGCUAGGCAAGCACUCUACCACUGAGCUACAACCUCAGCCCUAAAACAUCUAGUUUUUAACAACAAUGAAAAAAAUAAGAAUUGCUAAGAAAAGGGAAAAUGUGAUCAUGCUUGGGGAAAAGUCUAUUGAAAUUGUCCUUGAGGAGGCUAGGGCAUCGAACACAGCAAAACUUUAAAUUGACUAUUACAUGUACGUUCAAAGAUUGAAAUGAAACCAUAUUUAGAAAAUUAAAGGGAAUUAUGCUGGGCACGGUGGCACACGCCUGUAAUCCCAGCGGCUCAGGAGGCUGAGACAGGAGGAUCAUGAGUUCAAAGCAAACCUCAGCAACAGCAAGACACUAAAAAACUCAGUGAGAUCCUGUCUCUAAAUAAAAUAAAAAAUAAUAAUAGGGCUGGGGAUGUGGAUCAGUGGCUGCAUGUUCCUGAGUUCAAUCCCCAGUAUCAAAAAAAAAAAAGAAAAUUAAAGGGAAUUAUGAUAACAAUGAUUCAUUAAGUAGAGAAUAUCAAUAGAUUGAAAUUAGUUUUUAAAAAAGAACCAAGUAGAAAUUUUAGAUUUUUAAAAGUUUAAUGUCUUGAAUGAAAAGUUCUCAACUUUACCAACAGAAUGAACUGGCAGAAGGAAGAAUCUCUGAACUCAAUGAUAAAUCAAUACAAAUUAUCCAACAAAUAGAAAACAAAGAUAAGAAGAAGAAAAAUUAACAGAAUUAAGACCAUGGAACCACAAUCAAGCAUAACAAGCAUACAUAUAAUAUGCUUGGAAUCCACAGGUAAAAGAAGUGCCUUAAAGCAGAGGGUUGAAAGGGGUAGGAAAGUUAAAGAAAUAAGUCUCAGGGUUUCUAAAUAUGAUGAAAAACAAAUCUGUACAUCCAAGAAGUUCAAUGAAAUUCAACUAGGAUGAAUAAAAAGCCAAACAAGAUUUUCAAGAGUAAAUUCUUGAAAUCAGCAAGAGAAAAAUGACUUAGGUUGGCAGCUGACUUUUCAUCAGAAACAACAAAGGCCAGAAAGCAGUGAGAUAACAUUCAAAAUACAUUUUUUUCCUCUGUGACUAAAAAGACAACUGCACAAUUAAUUGUAAAACUACAUUAGUAGUCUUAAAUAGUGAUGUAAUAUAUAUGACAGUAACACAAUGGGGAAGGAAUGGGGGUUCACUGAAGCACACUUCUGUAUUUUAUUGGAAGUUACUACUAAAACGAAGAUUGUUUAGGCAGGCAUGGUGACUGUACAUGCUUGUAAUCCCAGUGAUUUUGGAGUUUAUGCAGGAAGUUCCCAAGUUUGAGGCCAGCCUCAGCAACUUAGUGAAGCCCUAAGCAACUUGGUGAGAUCCUGUCUCAAAAUAAAAAAUAAAAAGGACUGAGGUUUUUAUUGGUGAUAAAGCACCCCUGGUUCAAUUCCUAGUACAAAAAAAUCCAAUCAAAAACAGAUUGAGGGGACUGGGGUUGUGCACUUGCCUAGCAUGUGUGAGGCACUGGGUUCGAUUCUCAGCACUGCAUAUAAAUAAAAAAUAAAUAAAGGUCCAUCGACAACUAAAAAUAUAUUAAAAAACAACAGAGUGGGGAGGGAAUGGGAGAGAAAAGGGAAAUUGCAUGGUAAAGGAAGGAGACCCUCAUUGUUAUACAAAAUUACAUAUAAGAGGAAGUGAGGGGAAAGGGGAAAAAAACGAGAGAGAAAUGAAUUACAGUAGAUGGGAUAGACAGAGAAGAUGGGAGGGGAGGGGAGGGGGGAUAGUAGAGGAUAGGAAAGGCAGCAGAAUACAACAUACACUAGUAUGGCAGUUUGUAAAAAUGUGGAUGUGUAAACGAUGUGAUUCUGCAAUCUGUAUACGGGGUAAAAAGGGGAGUUCAUAAUCUGCUUGAAUCAAAUGUAUGAAAUAUGAUAUGUCAAGAGCUUUGUAAUGUUUUGAACAACUAAUAAUAAAAAACAACAACAACAGAUUGAGGGGCUGGGGAUAUAUCUCAGUGGUAGAGUGCUUGCCUAGUAUGCAUGAGGCCUUGGGUUCGAUCUCCAGCAUCACCCCCGCUCCAAAAAAAAAAAAAAAAAACAA